CAAGUGUUUGUCGAAACUGCACCAACAGUGUACAAAAAAUAUGACACAUAUUAUGGAAGGCGUGACGUGAAAAGGCAAGCUCUCAUAACAAUGUGCUUAAGCCUCGGAAACGUAAUAGUGGGCUACUCAGUCUGCUGGUCGGCCCCUGUUAUACCGAAACUACUAGACGCAGCACAGACUCCAUUAACUGAAGUUUUAACCGUGGAACAGGCCUCUUGGUUGGCUGCCAUAUUUCAUCUCUUUGUGAUAAUAGGGUCACAAACCGGAGCUUUUCUUUCAAACCUAGUUGGCAGAAAACCCACUCUCAUUUUAUUCGGAGCUAUAUGUCUGUCGAGCCAUAUUAUAAGAGUGUUGGCUAGAGACUUCAAUAUUUUAUUGGCAGGAAGAAUAGUCAAUGGUCUUGGAGUUGGAGGCAUUGCCAGUGGAAACCUGGUCUAUAUCGGAGAGAUCGCAUCAUCAGACCUGAGAGGAAUCAUGCUAACAGUAACCGGGGUGCUUCACACCAUUGGCGGUUUGCUCGUAUUCUCAUUGGGUCCAUACGUGUCUUACGCAGUGGUGGAAUAUACUGCAAUAGCUUUGGGAGUAACACAUAUAGGGGCCUUGUUUUUGAUCGUCGAGACACCUGUGUAUCAUGUAAUUAAAGGCAAUGAAGAGGCUGCAAGAAGUACUUUACACUUUCUCGGACGAAGUAAAGAUGUUGACAAAGAACUUAAAACAAUGAUUGAAAAUGUAAACCGUAUAAACGUAAAAUAUACACAAGUAAAUUCUAAAAACAUGUUAUCAAACUGCAUGUUGCUGGAUAUAUUAAGAAGAAGACGAAAUAGAAGAGCUAUGCUGAUCACAGCUACAUUGUUAACAAUUCAAGAAGGGUCAGGAAUUGCAUGUAUACUGUCUUUCGCUACAACAAUUUUCCGACAAGCAGCAUCUUCAGUUGACGCAGAUGUUGCAACUAUAAUAUUGGGAGUGACGCAAGUUUUUGGUAUACUUUUGGCACCGAUAUUAGUUGAGAGAUAUGGAAGAAAAUCAUUAUUGAUAUUUUCUACGGCUGCUUGUGCUUUGUGGACGGCAUUACUGGGAGCUCACUUCUAUUUGGAGUUAAUACAGCAUCCAAUCCUAUACUCAAUUAGAUGGGUACCAUUGGCUACUUUGAUCUCAUUUUUAAUCUGUUACAAUGCUGGACUUGGCAUUAUCCCCAACGUUCUAGUGGGAGAAAUGUUCAGCCCCAAUGUCCGCAGUACCGGCUCUUCCAUUGCCAUGAGUAUCAGCUGGGUCGCCGCUUUCCUUUCCAGUCUCAGCUUCGGAUACAUCAUCAUGCUUAUUGGCACCUAUAUCUUGUUUAUCAUUUUUGCUUGUCUUAAUAUCAUUGGAUGUAUUUUCACAAUUAAGUUUGUGCCUGAGACUAAGGGUAAGAGUCUUAGUGAAAUAGAAGAAAUGCUGGCUAAGCGAUAGUGUGGUUGUGUUUCGUAAAUAAAUUAUGUAAAUCUAUUUAAAGGUUUUGAAUUAAAUGAUUAUAUUAUAUAAAAAGGAAUACAUUCUCAUUAAAGUAAAGUCUCACUGUGCUUUUAUAUACCUUUAUAAUUUAAGUUUCGCGUAGGUAAAUCUUCAUUUGGCUAUUUUAUUUAAAGGAAUCAACAAGUUUGCUAUUAUGAAUUUAAUGAAACACUUACUUUAAGGUAAUUCAAUAAAGAUUAUGACGUUGAAGCAAAUUCCCAAUUUCUUU